ACAAUUCAUAUUUUUAAUUUUUUGAUAAUAACACUAAAACAGUGUUCGUAGAUUUAAGUACUUACUAUAUACUUAACUCAUAUUAUAUCCGAUAAUCGUGCUACUAUAGUCACUGUCUCGGGCGUCGUAAGUAUUAAGACAUUACACGAUGAGGCUUACGGAUUGUCUGAGAGACUUUAAGAAAGUUGGAGAACUGACGAAAAAGUACGCUAAUUUCCCGGAUUCGUACAUCAAGCGUAGCAUGGAAAAGGUUGUAUGGAAAACUCCACAAAACAAUCCUCGUUACUUGCCAAGGACUGUUAAAAAGAAAAAAUAUCAUUUUUCCGAACACAGGCCUUGGUCGAUGCCAUUUAGUAGUCAAAACAAUUUUGGCGAUUUAAAGCCAAAAGCAUUUUUGGAACCGAUCAAAGAAUGGUCAAUAUUUAAAGGUGACAGGGUUGAAAUUUUGGUUGGGCCUGAUAAAGGAAAGCAGGGAAUUGUUGGACAUGUGAUUCAAGAACGCAAUUGGGUGAUUGUUGAUGGUUUAAAUUGUGAAAUAGAUGAAGUUGCUCACUAUAAAGGGCACUUGUCAAUGGUUCAAAUGAAAGAAAUUCCACUAUUAGUCACUAGUGAGGUGUCAUUAGUAGAUCCAUCAGACUUGCAAGGUUGUACUAUUGAAUGGAGAUUUACGGAAAGUGGUGAUAAAGUACGAGUGUCUUCCAGGAGUGGAAAGAUAAUUCCAAUUCCAUCAUUAGCAAAGCAAACUUAUGAUUACAAGACACCGAAUACUUAUAAAGAAUCUGAAAAAGAUACUACAGGAGACGAUAUAAAAAAAAUAACUUUUUUACCUUUAUUGAAAACAUUUGAAAUGGAUGUAAUGGAUGAAAUGGAUAUCAAGGAAGAUAGAGUUCCAGCUCCAACUUAUUGGUAUUGAUUGUGUAGAAUUUAAGUAGUAUAGAAAUGUUUAAUAAUAAAUGUAUGCAUUUUGUGUUUAAUCCAUUUAGAGUAAAGGUUAAUUGUUAUUAAUGAUUACUGAUUAUAAUUAAUUUAUAUAUUUUUUUGAAAAAAAAAAAAGAAGGUAUAUAAUAUCAUUAAAAUACGACUGAAUUGUUUUUGAUAGUAAAUAUAAGCCUCAUACAUGGAGUACAUUCAUUAUUUAACAAAAAA